UUGAUUGAUGAAAUCUAGGUAAAUUCUUGUUCAGAAACAUGUGAAAAAAUCAGAAAUAAAAUCCUAUUGAUAUUGCCUAGUCUAUUAAGAUAAUAUAGAAAUAAAAAAGAAAUCCUAUGAAAAAACAAAACGCCAAAAGUAAAGCCCACUUGCUUGGGAAGAUUCACACCACUCCCAUCAUCUGUCUCUCUAUUAAUUGCCGGUUUAUCUUUCCCAAAAACUUUCUUUCCCAUUCAAAGCAACGCUCCUUAAUAUCCCAAGAAUCAUCUUUUUCAAAACAUUUUACUCCAACGUUUUGAUUUCCAUGGAGCAAACCUUCAUUUUCCUCACAAAAACCUCAGUCUGGUUCUCAGACCCAUUCGUCCUCUAGUGUUUUGACUGCAUACCUUGGUACCGCUCCUUCCAGUGUUCCAGAAUCGGUUCGUUUAGACAAUGGCUACCCUCAGAAUAGCUCUUCGUAACGUCCACCGCAUCUUUAAUACCUCCGCCGUUUCCGGCCGUACAACGACCGUUUUCAGGCCACAGUAUGGUUGGGUUUCAACAUAUUUUUCAACUAAUAUUGGUAACACUCAGUCAUUAAACAUCGAUCUUUCUAACGAAGAAAGCAAAAGGCGUCUUUAUAACAGAUUGUUGUAUAGGAGCAAACAAAGAGGGUUUUUGGAGCUGGAUUUGGUUUUGGGAAAAUGGGUUGAAGAACAUAUCCAUUCUAUGGAUGAAAAUGGAAUUAAAGCUCUUGUUAAGGUUCUCGAUUUGGAAAACCCCGACCUUUGGAAAUGGCUAACCGGUCAAGAACAACCACCCGAAGCAGUGACCGUUAAUCCUGUCUUCUCUGCAGUGCAACAGAGGGUCUUGAAAAACCUCAACAACCAUUCCUCUCCCGAGACCAGAGCAACCCCUGGCCAGCCAUGGGUGAGAGGGUGGGAUGAUAUCAAAAAAGGUCGCGAUAGCCCAAUCACCGGAAAUCAGUAGAGCUUUUCUUUUGCCUUUGAGAUAACAGGUUCUUAAGGCUUGUUUAUUUCGAAACAAAUUAAGGUUUGUAAUAUGUAAUUUCUUCGAUAUUGUAUGCUAGAAUAUGAAAUAAGGAUGGCUGCAUUGCUGCAGUGAAGCUGGAGAUGUAAGAAAACCCUGAAUGUAUUUGGUAUAGGCCUUAUCUAAGUUGAUCUAUAGCAUAAAAAUUGUGGCUUGAAUUGUCAUUUCUUCUCUGUGCUUUAGCAAAUAGUUAGAAAUAAAGCUUUCUAGUACUCUUUGAGCCAAA